AUCACUAACUGCGUAGGAUAAUUCAUCACUUGGUGGUCUCUGGUGUGAGAUGAAGCAGUCGCAGGCAGGCCUUGAACAGAGUCAGGCAAGCAAGCACUCCUUUCUCGUCUUGGAUCUACAGUACAAAUUUCAGACGAAGAUGAAGAAGUGGGGCAAAGGUGAAUUCUGGGGCGUCGGCUCCGACUACGACCCCGACUGGGUGCUGACGGAGAGGCAGAAGAAGCUGCGAGACAACCUCAUAGAGUUGUGCAGGACCAAGAUCAGACCGCAUGCUGCAGACUACGACAAGAACUACACCUUCCCCCGAGAGUCCUUAAAUGCCCUGGCGGAGCUCGAUCUCCUGGCUCUCACUGUGCCAAAAGAACUGGGCGGUCUUGGAGAGAGUCAUAUAUGCAUCUCCAUGGUGUUCGAAACCCUCGCUCGCUACGGCUGCCCCUCCACCGCUAUGGUUUAUAACAUGCACGUGGUCGCUGUGUCCAUGUUGGUCUGCGACUGCCACGACAGCCCUUAUAUCCAGGACCUGCUGAGGCGAAUCAACAAGGAGAAAUUGAUUGGGACGAUCGCCUUCUCCGAUCCUGGAACAGGAAGUCAUUUCUGGUUUCCACUAUCAUCGAAGUGCAAGUACGUGGAUGAGAACACAGUCCAACUGUUCAGGUACUGCUCGUGGGCGACCAGCUGCGGCCACGCUGACUGGUACGCCAUCCAGUCCAUCAGUCCGGACUUCGAAGGGGACUACUCCAGACUGACAAACUUCCUCGUGUACAAGGACGAAAUUCGUACCAACACCGAUGACUGGAAAGCUCUGGGAAUGCAUGGCAACAUGUCGGGUCCUAUCAUCGUCGAGGGAAAGUUCCCAAAGAAGAGGAUACUUGGGAUUCCUGGUGAUGCAAAAGAGAACAACGAUGAGUGCGCUCCCUUGGCGUUCCUAGCCAACUCUGCAAUAUGGAACGGUAUUUCUCUCGCAUGUAUCGACGUGGCCAAGAAGCACGUGACCCGCAAGGCGCACGCCGACGUCGGGAUGCGGGUGUGCGACUACCCGACCAUCCAGGACUAUUUUGGAGAAUGUAUGUGUGACACUAAUGCUUCACGGGGUCUGACACACCUGGGAGCUCUGGCUCUCGAUGAGAACACCAUCAGUAGCAGUAACUGUGAAUCAAAGAACAAAUAUCGAUUCGGCAGGGACAAGUCUGCACACUGGCUUAUCCAGGCGAAGCUCGUAUCAGCGAAGAAUGUGUGGAAAGUUAGCGAUAAGAUGCUUCAGGCUUGUGGCGGGUCGGGCUAUAGGACAGAUUUAGGCUUGGAGAGACUUUUUCGAGACGGCAAAGCUGGGUGGGUGAUGGCUCUCUCCAACGAGGUCGUGAGGCAGUUUGUGGGGAAAACACUUCUCGAAAAUCUUGAAGCUGUUGAUUUUUGGCAACAGAAAGUCAACGAGCGAGUCCUCCACCAGGAAGUCCAAAAAAUGAGCAUCGACGAGCGAAAAAAACUAGCCAACGAGCUCCUGGAGGAUGUGAGGGCGGAGGAAGCGGGCAGAGAGGCCAAGCAUCCCUUCCAAGACUCCGACUUCGACAACCCAUUCAACACGUGUCCUCCAGCUGCUCUCAGUAAGGUAUUUAAGACAGAAGACGGGGUGGCGCACGAACCCGCCCUGAAGCCAGAUACUUGGGUACUGUUCACCCUGAAGUCACGAACCCAACUCAACGACAAGAUGGCCGCGUUUGAGUUUUCUCUCCCGAAGCCCACGGACCACACUGGUUGCUUCACAGGCCAGUAUGUGAGGGUCCGCGUAAACUUCAAAGGCAAGGAGCAGGAGCGGUACUUCUCGCCCGUGUCUCGUCCAGAUGACUUCGGCCGCAUCGAACUCGUGCUCAGGUUCGAGACUCACGGGCAGAUGUCUCAGCAUUUUCAGGCUCUCAGGCCAGGAGACCAGGUGGAGUUCCAGGGCCCUUGCGGUGGCUUCGAGUACGAGGCGAACCAGCUGGACGAGGUGACGCUCCUGGCCUCGGGCGGAGGCAUCACCCCCGGCAUGCAGCUCAUCCGCGCCGUCAUGCACAACCCCGACGACAGGACCAAGAUCAAGCUCCUCUACUCCUCCGAGAAUUACGAUGAGAUCCUGUUCCGCGAUGAGCUUGAUCGAUAUGCAGCCAAGGACUCUCGACUCCAUAUAGUGCACACGCUGGGAGAGUCGCCCGAGGACUGGGAUGGCGAGGAAGGCUUCAUCGACACGCAGAUGAUCGACAAGCACGUGACCAAACCCAAUGACCUGAGGCAGAAGAUCAUAAUGUGCGGAGGCCCUACCAUGGUUCUGUCAUGCCUGUACUCGCUGCGGUCCCUCGGCUUCCCCUCCGACGCCAUCUUCAUCUACGGGCAGUUCGGCACCGAGCACGUGAGGAAGGUCUACGGCAGGAACGUCCAGCUCUCCUGCCACCGCUGCGACAGUGUCCUCUGAUAAAGACGUUCUCUUUGGGUAAAAAAAAAAGAAAAAAAAAAAAAAAAAAAAAAAAAAACUGAAAUAUUGGCGCUUGAUGAAGAAGAGAGAGAGUUGAAGACGUAGAAAUGCUACUUCUUUAUCCAAGAUAAAGCAAGAUGAAAAAGUAGGAGCUUGAUCUGGUAUUUUGCUUAUGUAAAUUCGUAGUGUCGUUCGUUCUGUUCAUGAUAAGCUCGCUAGAUGUAACGCUGGGACCUAAAUAAAGCUCAUAAAGCUAU